AGGAGGAGGAAGAAGAAGAGGAAGAGGAAGUACAUGACGCAGGGCUGACUGGGAAACGUGUUACAACCAUAACUUGAUAACUCUGUGACUUACUGGCAUAGGCGUUACAUCUGUAUCCAUCAUGAUAACUCCUGCGUUUGAUCUGAGUCAAGAUCCUGAGUACCUGAUCCUCAACAUUCGUGUGCCUUACACCAGAACAUCAGAGUUUGAUCUUUAUAUUGAUGGAACAGAUUUAAAGUUCUACGCUAAGCCCUAUUUUCUCAGAUUAUCGCUGCCUGGAAAAAUAGUGGAAGAUGGGAGAGAGAGGGCCAAGUUUGACAUUGAUAAAGGUCUCUUCAUUGUUUGGGUACCCAAAGAAACACCCGGAGAACACUUUGAAGGACUACAGAUGCUAACAAGUCUCCUUGCCCCUAAAGGAUCCCGUUCAGCAAAACCAUUGAUAGAGGUCUUAAGCACAGAAUCUAGUAAAAGUACUGGGAAUGAUGAAGAUGACGAUGAAGAAGAAUUUGACUGGAGUUUUGAGCAGGAGAUGUUCCAGGAGAGCUCUGAGGAGAAACAGAAAUACGGCUUUGGCAAUAAGCGGACUGGAGUAUUUGCAAGACUACAGGAAGAAAUAAGUGAUGUGACUGAUGUCAAGAACCCUGAAGACACCACAGCUGCAGAGAGGAGACAGUCACGGCUGCAUGCAGAGGCGUGUGACUUUUCUCCUGACCAUUACCUAUUUUUUGAAGAUGAUGAGAUACAGAGGCUGCUGAAAUAUAAACCAUGGUGGGCGAAACUGAAACCUUCUAAAGAGCCGGAGGGAGAAGCUUCCAUAUCCUUCAUGGACAUUGAGAAGGAACAGCUAAGGAAAUUCAACAACCGCUCCUACCUGCUAGAUAAGAUUUCCCACCAAGUGUGGUUAGGCCUUGUGGAUAUCCUGCUGGCUUAUUCCUAUGAAGUGCGAUCUACAGAGGGAGAGCACAACGUUGAGUCACCUUGGACUGUCAGAAAACUAAGUGGGACUCUAUGCUGGCUGGAAACAUACAAGUCCUUGCAAGAAGUCCUGUUGUCGUUUGGACGGAGGGUCUUGUGCUACCCACUCUACAGACACUUUGCUAUGGUCUCUGCGGCCAUCAGUGACACAGUUUUGCUCUUGAGCUCAGGGAAAACGUGUGUCCUUAAAUGCCUGCUAGAUAUUCACAAAGUCUUCAGAGAGAACGACCCGGCCUACAUACUGAACGAUCUGUAUAUCACAGACUACUGUAUCUGGAUACAGAAGGUCAAGUCAAAGAGGAUGACAGCCUUGGCUGAAAUCUUACAAAAUGCCUCCCUUCAUAAAAAAGACUUGGAUCUAGAACUUGAGGAGCUAGAGGAUGCAGCGAAAAUGGUGAUGGAGGAAGAAUUCAAUAAGCAGGGGCCCGAAAGUUCUCUCGUAGCCCAUAGUGACAGCAGGAGCUGUUCCAGUGACUGCAGCAGCAAGUCAGCUGAUGACAGCAAUGAUUCUGAGGCUGAAGGGCAAGGCUGCAACAAAUCCAACCAGGGAGGAGAGUUAUCUAAAGACAACCCUCCACCCCAACCCACCUCAACUGUCUCUCCUGAUCCCAAGGUUCCCCAAACCCUACUCUUCUCAGCAGAGAGGAAAUCGGACACCCUACCCUCAUCCUCAGAAGACUCCAGACAGCUGAUCCAAGAGCUGGGCUUAAGAGUGGCAGAUGAGCUGAAAAUCACUCAAGAGUCCAGCUACAAAACACUACAAAAUAGUUCACAGCUGAACAACAGUGCAGAAAAAACUGAUGAAACCUCUGGAAGGAGCAGCUGUGGGACAUUCUUAGAGAUAGAUCCUUGUCGAAACCCUUUGCUGGUCAUCCAAAUGAAGGAAGAUCUUGAUGGAUGACAUCAUAUGCUGACAAAAAAAUGUUGUGGAAGACAUUUGAGAAGUAUGAACUCUUUGCAAAAUCUUUCUCAACAAAAUUAUUUCAAAGAUUUAAUUUCCAUCCCAUUUGUUCAAUUGGUAUUUUUUUGUCCUUGUGAUUUAUAGUAGAGGUGUGUGAUAUUGACAAAAAAUAAUAUUUUUAUGUUUUUGCUGAUUUUUCCGAUAACAAUAAUUGACAAAAUUUGCAUCCUUCAAAAUGUUUAAUAAAACCUAAAAAUGUG